AUGCAUUAUCAAAGUAUUCAGACAGCUAAAGACUUUUGGCUAAAAUGGCGUUCAUCACGUUCACUUAUUUUAUUCAUUGUAUUUAUCGCUUUAUUUCUGGAUAAUAUGCUUUUAACAACAGUUGUUCCUAUUGUUCCUGAUUAUCUUUAUCGACUUCAUCAAUCAACAGUAAGACUACAAGAUGAUACAUAUAAGUUUUUAGCAAAAAAUUGUACAAAUAAUGAAUUAGUGAAACGUCGAGAUUAUUUUGCGCGACAUCCUGUUCAAUUUCGUGUUAUACUUCGAACAUAUUGUAAUUGGACUGUUGAUUGGGCAAUAAAUAAGACUGAAAGUGAAAAUAGACAACGAACAGUAAUUUUAGAAAAAGAAAAUGAAUGGGUUGGUAUAAUGUUUGCAUCAAAAGCUUUUGUACAAUUAUUAACAAAUCCAUUUGUUGGUCCAUUAACAAACCGUAUUGGUUAUAGUGCACCAAUGUUUACUGGAUUUGUUAUUAUGAUUAUAUCCACUCUUAUAUUUGCUUCGAGUGGAAGUUAUGCUCUUUUAUUCAUAGCUCGAGCUAUACAAGGGGUUGGUUCAGCAUGUUCAAGUGUUUCAGGUCUCGGAAUGUUAGCCGAUCGAUAUCCAGAAGAUGUCGAACGAGGAAAAGCAAUGGGUACUGCCUUAGGUGGAUUAGCGCUUGGUGUACUCAUCGGACCACCUUUUGGAGGAUUUAUGUAUGAAUAUAUCGGUAAAGCAUCACCAUUUAUAGUUUUAGCUGCACUAGGUUUAUUUGAUGGACUUUUGCAAAUGACGGUAUUAAAACCGGGUGUGGUUAGCGAACCGAUUGAGGGUCCUUCGUUGAAAACACUUAUUAAAGAUCCUUAUAUUCUUCUUGUCGCCGGUGCAAUUUCAUUUGGUAACAUUGGUAUUGCAAUGAUGGAACCAUCGUUACCAAUAUGGAUGAUGUCAACAAUGAGAGCAUCAGAAUUUCAACAAGGGGCUGCUUUUCUACCGGCAUCAGUUUCAUAUUUAAUCGGUACAAAUCUUUUCGGACCAAUGGCUCAUAAAAUCGGCCGAUGGUUGUGUUGUAUGAUCGGUUUAUUUCUUAUUUCAUUUGCUUUAAUUGGUGUACCAUUCGCAACAAGUAUCUAUGGAUUAAUUAUACCUAAUGCACUUCUUGGUUUUGCUAUUGGUAUGGUUGAUUCAUCAAUGAUGCCUACAAUGGGUUAUCUUGUUGAUAUACGUCAUGCAUCUGUAUAUGGAAGUGUUUAUGCUAUUGCUGAUGUUGCAUUUUGUUUAGGUUAUGCCGUUGGUCCGGCUUUAAGUGGAUUUAUUGUCCAUGCAUUUGGGUUUCCUGCUAUGCUUUAUAUGAUUUCAUUUCUUUGUAUGUGCUAUGCACCAUUAUUGGUUUUAUUACGAAAUCCACCAGCUAGAGAUGAAAGAAAGUCAUUAAUAGCAAACGAAAAUCAGAGUACAUUUACGUAUACACGUAGUAAAUCACUCGAUAAUGAAAAUGGUUUUUAA